UUUUAUUUCGAAAAAAUGGCUGAGAAUAUAGAAGAAAUCCUUGCCGAAAUUGACGGCUCUCAAAUUGAGGAGUAUCAACGUUUUUUCGAUAUGUUUGACCGUGGAAAGAAUGGCUAUAUUAUGGCUACUCAAAUUGGGACAAUUAUGAAUGCUAUGGAACAAGAUUUUGAUGAAAAAACUCUUCGGAAACUAAUCCGAAAAUUCGACGCAGACGGCAGCGGCAAAAUCGAAUUCGACGAAUUCUGCGCUUUGGUAUACACUGUGGCGAAUACUGGUAAUGGAUACAUCUCUCGUCCAACACUCAAAGGAUUACUUCACGAAAUCGCCCCAGACCUUAGCGAUAAAGACUUGGAUGCCGCAGUAGACGAAAUCGACGAAGACGGAAGCGGAAAAAUUGAAUUUGAAGAAUUUUGGGAAUUAAUGGCUGGAGAGACUGAUUGA